GUCCUCAUUGAUUUUUCAUAGAUAAAAGUUCUUCUUCCUUCUUUCCUUUCCCUCAUUUUUCUCCCAAAACUGACUCAACCCUGCUUUUCAAAACUCACGCGAAGGGAACACGCUACUUCCACUUAUAAGUACCGUAGCCGUAGCACAGGGAGAAUAAAAGUAAGACACGUGACGUUAUUUUCACUCGCUUCAAUUAAGACUUGCUUUCUCUAGUUUGGGGGUAUGGCAUGGGCAAAGAAGCAAAGUGUAGAUUUUAUGAGGUGGUUGGUGAUGGUGAUGUUAUUCGGUGUUUGGUGUUUGUGUUUGUUCUCCACGCCCGUUGUAGAAGCCAAGAGGAAUGCGUAUGCUACGAUGAUGUACGUAGGUACACCGAGAGACUACGAAUUCUACAUCGCCAUACGCGUCCUACUCAAAUCACUGACUAGGCUCAAAGUCGAAGCCGAUCUUGUUGUCAUUGCUUCUGUUGAUGUCCCUCAUCGAUGGAUUCGAGCUCUGGAAAAGGAAGAUGGUGCGAAAGUAGUGAGAGUGGAAAACAUGGACAAUCCAUACAAGCAUCAAGAUAAUUUUGACAAGAGAUUCAAAUUAUCGUUGAACAAACUGUACGCGUGGAGUUUAGUGGACUAUGACAGAGUGGUAAUGUUGGACGCUGACAACCUCUUCCUUCAUAAAACCGAUGAAUUGUUUCAAUGUGGACAAUUUUGUGCGGUCUUUAUCAAUCCUUGUGUCUUCCACACUGGCCUCUUCGUCUUGCAGCCAUCAAUGGCCGUGUUCAAGGACAUGGUUCAUGAAUUACAGAAUGGGAGAGAAAACCCAGAUGGUGCUGACCAGGGUUUCAUAGCUAGCUAUUUUCCAGAGUUGCUUGAUAAGCCAAUGUUUUAUCCACCUUCAAAUGGCACCAAGCUUGAUGGAACAUAUAGGCUCCCUUUAGGUUAUCAGAUGGACGCUUCUUACUAUUAUCUUAAACUUCGCUGGAGCAUACCCUGUGGACCAAAUAGUGUGAUCACAUUCCCAGGGGCACCAUGGUUGAAGCCAUGGUAUUGGUGGUCGUGGCCUGUCCUGCCAUUAGGCCUCCAGUGGCAUGAUCAACGUCGCCAAACUUUGGGGUAUGGUGCAGAGAUGGCUGUGAUAGUUAUUCAAUCGGCAAUAUAUUUGGGAAUAAUAGCAAUGACACGAUUUGCAAAGCCAAGCCUCUCAAAGCUGUGCUAUAGGCGCUCUGACAAGAGCAUCAACCUCGUACAGAACAUCCUCAAACUAGUAGCUUUGUGGAGCAUUCUUGCAGCAUACACAACACCCUUCUUUAUCAUUCCUCAAACGGUUCACCCUUUGUUAGGCUGGCCUCUAUACUUGCUUGGUGUUUUUGCACUAUGCUCCAUUGCAAUUAAUACCUUUCUGCUGCCAAUGUUACCUGUUUUGAUGCCAUGGCUUGGGAUAACUGGGGCAUUGAUGGUCAUGGCAUUUCCUUGGUAUUCAGAUGGUGUAGUUAGAGCAUUGUGUGUCUUUGCUUAUGCAUUCUGUGCUGCACCAUUAGUGUGGGCAUCUAUGACCAGAAUAUUAGCAGGGCUUCAGCAAUCUCUAGAAAGGGAAGCAUUUCUACCAAGAUUGGGAGAAUCUUCGCCACCUUCUUGGUUUAACAAGUUAUACUGAGCUGUCUAAUUGGGCAUGAUACAUUGUUUGGGACAUAGAAUAGAAGGGCCUUCUUGACAAGCUCAUUGAAAAUUGAAGGGGCAUAAUAAGUACCCCACAUAUUGUACACAGAACCGAGAGAGGUUUUUGGUUCACUUUACUUGUUUGUGGGGGAGGAAGUACCAUGGAAUUAGCACCAUUACAUUAAGACUUUACGAUUGAAAUUAUACAUUCUUUUGGAGCGAGAGGAUCAUGAUGCACCUAGUAGGAGGAACAGGACGAGGAGUUAGUGUGUACAUAAAGAUUGUUUUGCUAUUGUUCACAUAUAUUUUGUAUGCUUUGCUCGAUUGGUUCGGCUUACCACUCUAUAAUACUGCCUUAGACUAGCAUUUUACUCUUACCCCUUAUAAAAGGAGUCUACGCUGCACUUGGGCAAAAUAUCAAUUGCUUUAACUAAAUGAAUGGUAGCAAAUUAU